UUCCUGGAAAGGUCGAAAUCUUGUAAAGGAAGAAACAGCCAAAUGGAAAAUUUCUGUAGCGGACUUGUUCUCCUGUCCUGAGGCUAUAAAAUUUGGCAGUGGAGAGAGAGAUAGAGAGGGGCUUAUGGAACAAAUCUGAGUGUGUGUACGAAUCUGAGGUUUUGCAUAGAGAAAGUCGAUUUAGCCGAGUCUUGAGUGUGUGUAUGUGUGUGUUUGUUUGGAUAGAUGAGUGAUUCAGAGUAUCAUGUGUGUGGAUGUAUAUAUAUAUAUGUCUUCACCAUAGAUAGAGAUUGUACAAGGUAGGAAUUGAUUCAGACUAUCAAGAUAGAUAUUGUGCAUAAUUGAUUCAGAUGAUCGGAUUGAGAGAGAUGUCUCCGGCAUCUUCUUCAUUUUCCAGCGUAGAAUCCCAGAUCCAAACCCUAACCCUAAACCUAAUUCCAGGCCUCCCAAACGACCUAGCCGCUCUAAUCCUCGCAUUCGUUCCCUAUUCUCAUCAUUCUCGUCUCAAACCCACCUGCAAAUCGUGGAAAAUCUUCUUCUCAUCCAAAGCCCUAAUAUCAAUUCGCCAAAAACACCUCUCACUUUCCAAACUCUCUCAGCUCCUCUGUAUUUUCCCUCAAGAUCCCCAAACUACAUCCCCUUACCUAUUCGACCCCAAAAAUCUUGCUUGGUGCCCUCUUCCUCCUAUGCCCUGUAACCCUCAUGUAUAUGGGCUCUGCAAUUUUACCUCAAUUUCAAUUGGAUUCCACUUGUACGUCCUUGGUGGGUCCCUCUUCGACACCCGGUCCUUCCCCCUCCAUCGCCCUUCCCCUUCUUCCUCCACAUUCCGAUUCGACUUCUCCACUUCAUCAUGGGACCGGCUUUCCCCGAUGAUAUCACCUCGAGGCAGCUUUGCCUGCACGGCAGUCCCGAAUUCAGACCGAAUUCUUGUUGCCGGUGGUGGGUCGCGGCACACUAUGUUUGGGGCAGCUGGGAGUAGAAUGAAUUCAGUGGAGAUGUAUGACAUCGGGAAGGAUGAGUGGGUGCCAUUGGAUGGGUUGCCAAGGUUUCGAGCUGGGUGUGUUGGGUUCUUGGUUGGAAGUGGGGACGAGAGAGAGUUUUGGGUUAUGGGAGGCUAUGGUGAGUCGAGGACUAUUUCAGGUGUGUUUCCUGUGGAUGAGUAUUACAGAGAUGCUGUGGUGAUGGAUUUGAAGAAUGGUGGGAAGUGGAGGGAGCUUGGGGAUAUGUGGGGAGAUGGGGAAAGGAGGCGGCUUGGGAAAAUUGUCGUUGUGGAGGAUGAGGGUUGGGAUGUUCCUGGGAUUUUCAUGCUUGACAGGAGCUAUAUCUUUAGGUAUGACAUGGGUUCUAACUGUUGGUGGAAGGAGACGAGGGUUCCAAGAAGGGCCACCAAUGACCUAUCAGUUGGAUUUGUUGCAUUGAAUGGGGAGCUGCACAUAAUGACCCUUCUAAGUGAAAUUGAUUCAACAGAGAGACAAAGGUCAAGACAGCAAAAGAGGUCAACACUGUUCAUACAAAUAUAUCAUCCUAGAAAGAAGACAUGGAGAUCCUUAGUCACAAAGCCGCCUUUGCAUCAACCAUUGGAUUUUAAAACUGCAGUUAUGUGCACCAUUCGGCUGUAGACUGAAUGAGUAUACUGGUGUGUAGUGCUAUUGUUCGUACAUAAAGGUUUAACUAUCUGUAUUUUGUUAUGAUCAGUCAGCAUACUUGUACAUGCCAUUAUCUAGGCUUAAUGGUAUUUGAUUUCUGCAGGGACAACUAUUUUGUUGGUUUUGACCAACAUUAUGUAGAU